AAAAAAUGAGCAUGUAUAUUUCACGUCCCUAAAACACCUUACAGCAUCCACGGCAUUCGCAAGAGCAAGUGAUGAUGAUCACGGAGCAUCUCUUCAGCCGCCGUCAGUUACGACAUCAGUACAACCAAUGGCAUUGUAAAAUAUUCAUUUCCAUUACUGCUGAGCGGUGCCUCGGAUGUCUGUGUGUAUAGAAUGCAGGAAGGAGUGUGAUGAGAGUACGAUCAGGAAAGCAAGAGGGAUUGAUACCGUUGAAUGUGCGCUUUUUUCAUGAAAGAAAAAGUAAAUUCGAGAUACCCACAGGACAAACGUCACCAGAAGACAAGGGGUUAGGUAGAAGAUUCAGAAGCUUUGUCUUGGGCUGAGUUUGUGUCGAAGACGUCUUUCAGCGUGCCUUCUGGCUGUGUCCGAGCAGUGGCGAGUUCCCUCAGCUAGAGUUCAUAUCGCCGUACUCGAUGCAAACGGUUCCCGUUUAACUUGAGAGCAAGUCUGCAGAGGUACCGGGAGGGUCCGGACUGAGCUGCCCCAGACAUGCAGAUCCUGGGUGGGAUCUUCGCCGCCACGCUGUCCUGCCUGGUCUGGAUGGCCAUGCCCAGCUUCCUGCGGAGCGAGUUCAAGCUGGCCUACGUGACGGACUUCAGCCUCUACACCUGCACGUGCCUCCGGCCCCUCCGGGCCUGCGGGAGGAUCAACGCCAGCGAGUGCGACUGCGACGACCACUCGUUCUCCGCCCUGCAGCGCUCGGGCAGCUCCGGCCUCGUCCACGGCACCCACAUCACCGUGUGGUACACCUCCCCGCUCAAUGUCGCCCUACUCCUCAACAACUCGGAGGUGCACCACCUGUCCCUGGUGAAGUGUGAUGCCGCGGGGGGGAAGGCGUUUUCGUACGAUUACUUCGCGGUCCAGCGGCUCGAGAAGCUGUCCGUUGCGUACCCACACUGGCACGCGGACCCCUCCAGCCACGAUGUCGUGAUUGGCAGGGAGCCGGCGGGGCCCCUCCCUGCGGAGGCCAGGGUUGCGAUCAUCCACCUUUCCGUUCUGACAGGGAAACGGACUCUGAAGGCCUACACUGUUCAAGCGCACAGAGACAGCGAAGGCGGCUUUCCUUUCCCGAACCUUCAUUUGGCCCGAGCAGGACUUCCAGAUGCAGCAGACACAUUUAUAACCUUCCUCUACUGAGCAGAUGCCUGAUUCCUGCUUGCCGAGUCCAGCUGCGCUGAUGCUGGGUCGUGCUCCAGGCCUGCUGCAGGCUGGGUGAUUUCUCGCCUCACCCUGGAAUCUGCUCUCAGCCAACAGCAAGUGCUUUUGGAAACAGUGCAGAAGCAUUGCUUUGCUUAUGGUGUUUUUGUUAUUUAUGGUUUUAGAAUGAUGUGGCGUACAUUUUGUUGACAAUCUCCUUUGAAAAAAGCUGCAGACUUUUCAUUUUUGAAUGUACUGCUUAUAAGGUGUGUCCUGUUUGUUUUCGUUCUGUUACACCUAGGGUGGGCUCAUUUCAGCUAGGUGUCUUGGGCGUUAGCUCAGAAUAACAAACACGUCCUGUUUCCCAUGGGGUUUUUUUUCCAGACCCCUGGUUAUAUCAAGUUAAUUCCGUUGCCAAAACAGACAGACUGCAGUGAUUCAGGAUGUUCAUUUUUUUUUUAGCAUGCCCUUGUAUUUAUUUGUUUGAAAGAUGCAUUUAUCCAAGGCCACCUAUAUUUCUCACCUUGGAUUUGAACCCACAACCACGCAAUUGUCUAUUGUCUGGAGUCCUGUUCACUGCUCCCCUGUCAUUGCUCUCAGCUUCACUGAAAUCACUGGCUGUGAUGCUUUCAGUUAGGCCAUACUGCUGCUGCAUGGUCAUUAAGAUUAAAAAAGCUUUCCUUAAAAGAAGGUAGCAAUUCCUUUCUUAUGUUACUCCUUACCUACCUGUCAUUGUCACGCCCUCUGCAGCCAGAGGGCGCUCCUACUCUGUCCUGUCCCUAGUUUCCUGCUUUGCUGUC